CGUAGAGUGAGAUCCAGCCGAUAUCAGUGCGCGAUCGGGCUCCUCCCCUCUUGCACAGCGCGCCUGAAUCCCUCCGCUCCACGCUCCCUCCCUCCGGCAGACCGCCCGGCACCGCCCGAGCUGUGACCCGGUACCGCCCGCAUGGAGCUCAUCACUAUCCUCGAGAAGACCGUAUCUCCCGACCGCAAUGAGUUGGAGGCGGCGCAGAAGUUCCUGGAGCAGGCGGCAAUCGAGAACCAGGCAACCUUCUUGUUGGAACUCUCAAAAGUCCUUGCAAAUCCUGGAAACAGUCAGGUGGCUAGAGUUGCCUCUGGUUUGCAGAUUAAAAACUCAUUGACCUCGAAAGAUUCAGAUGUCAAGGCCCAGCACCAACAGCGCUGGCUAGCAAUUGACGCUAACAUCCGUAGAGAAAUAAAAGCUUUGGUGCUGAGAACAUUGGGUACAGAGAGUUACAGGCCUAGUUCAGCAUCGCAGUGCGUGGCAGGAAUAGCAUGUGCGGAAAUAACGGUCAACCAAUGGCCUCAGCUGAUCCCACAGCUUGUGGCCAAUGUUACAGACCCAAACAGUACAGAACACAUGAAGGAAUCUACGCUGGAAGCCAUUGGCUACAUCUGCCAGGAUAUCGACCCCGAACAACUUCAACAUAAAUCAAAUGAAAUCCUGACUGCGAUCAUCCAGGGUAUGAGGAAAGAGGAGCCAAGCAACAAUGUUAGACUCGCAGCCACAAAUGCUCUGCUCAACUCUCUGGAGUUCACUAAAUCUAACUUUGAUAAAGAGUCUGAAAGACAUUAUAUUAUGCAAGUGGUCUGCGAAGCAACACAGUGUCCGGAUACAAGGGUGCGAGUAGCUGCUCUGCAGAACCUGGUGAAGAUCAUGUCCCUCUACUACCAGUAUAUGGAGACCUACAUGGGACCUGCACUUUUUGCUAUCACCGUGGAGGCGAUGAAGAAUGAAAUAGAUGAGGUGGCUCUUCAGGGAAUAGAAUUCUGGUCCAACGUCUGUGAUGAGGAGAUGGACCUAGCAAUUGAAGCAUCUGAGGCUGCUGAACAGGGGAGACCACCAGAACACACCAGCAAGUUUUAUGCUAAGGGAGCCCUGCAGUACCUUGUUCCUAUACUAACACAGACACUGACAAAACAGGAUGAGAAUGAUGAUGACGACGACUGGAACCCCUGUAAGGCUGCUGGGGUAUGCCUAAUGCUCCUUGCUACCUGCUGUGAAGAUGACAUAGUCCCCCAUGUGCUGCCAUUCAUCAAAGAACACAUUAAGAACCCAGAUUGGCGCUACAGGGAUGCAGCAGUCAUGGCAUUUGGAAGCAUACUGGAGGGUCCAGAAGCCUGCCAGCUGAAGCCGCUAGUCAUCCAGGCAAUGCCCACUCUAAUUGAGCUGAUGAAGGAUCCCAGUGUGGUUGUCAGGGACACAACCGCUUGGACUGUAGGAAGGAUAUGUGAGCUUCUCCCAGAGGCGGCCAUCAAUGAUGUCUACCUCGUUCCACUAUUGCAGUGCCUCAUAGAGGGCCUAGGGGCUGAGCCAAGAGUGGCUACAAAUGUCUGCUGGGCUUUCUCCAGUUUGGCUGAGGCUGCCUAUGAAGCUGCAGAUGUGACAGAUGACCAGGUGGAGCCAGCCUCAUAUUGUUUGUCUAGCUCAUUUGAGGUGAUUGUACAGAAACUGCUUGAAACGACUGACAGACCUGAUGGGCACCAGAACAACCUACGGAGCUCUGCCUACGAAGCCCUAAUGGAGAUAGUAAAGAACAGUGCCAAGGACUGCUACCCGGCUGUGCAAAAAACGACUUUAGUGAUCAUGGAGCGACUACAGCAAGUGCUUCAGAUGGAGUCCCACAUACAGAGCACUUCAGACAGGAUACAGUUUAAUGAUCUGCAGUCCCUCCUCUGUGCUACACUCCAGAACGUACUUCGCAAGGUGCAGCCCCAAGACGCCCUGCAGAUAUCAGAUGUGGUAAUGGCCUCUCUGCUGCGUAUGUUCCAGAGCACAGCAGGCUCGGGCGGUGUACAGGAAGAUGCCCUUAUGGCUGUGAGCACUUUAGUUGAAGUACUUGGAGCAGAGUUUUUGAAGUACAUGGAGGCAUUUAAACCUUUCCUUGGCAUUGGACUCAAGAACUUUGCAGAGUAUCAGGUUUGCUUGGCCGCUGUUGGACUUGUAGGGGACCUUUGUCGAGCUUUGCAGACCAAUAUCUUGCCGUUCUGUGAUGAGAUAAUGCAACUCUUGUUGGAGAACCUAGGGAAUGAGAAUGUUCAUCGCUCAGUAAAACCACAAAUCCUUUCUGUGUUUGGGGAUAUUGCUUUGGCCAUUGGUGGGGAGUUCAAGAAAUACUUGGAAGUAGUCCUGAAUACUCUGCAGCAAGCCUCUCAAGCUCAGGUGGACAAGACUGACUAUGAUAUGGUGGAUUACCUCAAUGACCUGCGUGAAGGCUGUCUGGAAGCAUACACCGGCAUUAUCCAGGGUCUGAAAGGAGACCAAGAAAAUGUUCACCCCGACGUGAUGCUGGUGCAGCCACGUGUGGAAUUCAUCCUGUCGUUCAUCGAUCAUAUUGCUGGAGAUGAGGAUCACACAGACAAUGUGGUGGCGUGUGGUGCGGGGCUUAUUGGAGAUCUCUGUACAGCAUUUGGGAAGGAUGUUGUCAAACUGGUGGAGACUCGGCCGAUGAUCCAUGAGCUGCUGACAGAAGGCAGGCGAUCAAAGACAAACAGGACUAAAACACUUGCCACCUGGGCAACAAAGGAGCUAAGAAAGUUAAAAAACCAAGCUUGACCACAGCGGCCGGGUGAAGCUGAUAACCCACUGGAAAUCUCCAAACUUUUCGAAAACUAAAAAAAUUAUAUCCCGGAAGCGAGACGUAUGAGCGGGGUACUGAAUGUUUGAGAGUGAGAGAGAGUGAUUGAGUGAGGCUUCAAACAUACCACAUGGAUAACUCGACCGCAGCAGUGCUGUGAGAGGAGCAGACUUCCUGGGAGAGAGGGGUGAGGGCUGUAACAUUAUCCGCCCACCAGCUGAGAGGAGCAAAGGCCUGUGGGCCUUCACAAAUUAGGUGUCUGCUUUCAUUGCCUUGUGGCCAGGGCAGAGCAGGAGUGACUGGAGUAAUGUUUUUUUUUUUUUUUCUUAAUUUUUUUUUUCCUUCUUCCCCCUUUUCUUUUCAGUCCGUUGUUACAUCUGGCUUUUUUUUUUUUUUUUCCUCCCUUUUUUCCCCUCAAAGCCCCCUGUGAUAAAGCAGACCAUACUUCUUCAUGGCUGCAUAUAACAUCUCUAAAGCAGGGGUGGGAUCUGUACGGAUAUAUAUUCUCAAGAGCAAGUGUGUGAGUGCGGAGGUAUAGCAGUCUACAGUCUGAACUUCAUUUACUGUUUAUUCUGAGGAGGUGUUCAUGUUGAAUAUGCUUCUGGAUUCACCUGAAGGAGUAACGCCGUUGUUACCUGAUGCACGACACAAGCAUUCUAGAUUACAAAAUUAAGGUCUGUUUCUCUAGGUUGUUUUAAUAAUUAUGAAUCACUUUUUUUUUUUUUUAACUGUUUCCUUUCCAGGGGUUUGUCCUGCUUAGUUGGGAUCUCCUGGCAGGGAAGUAGUUAAGGGAAACACUGGCUUGGUUUAUUCUCUAGUCCUGUAGUAAGCAGGCGGCGUCCUGCGCCGUUUAACUUGCUUUUGUCAAUCUGUGAAUGGGUUACAGGGGAGCAGGGAUGUGUAAGAAUAACAAAUGUAUGAAAAUUCCAUAACAGGGAAAAGUGCCCUGCUUCAUAUAUAGAAACUCAACUGAAGGGUGCAAGGCUUUUGGGGGAUCUAUUCGCCCCUCACAGUGUCAUUCUUUGUAAAGAAAAGAGCCCUCAAAUGUGCCAAAGAAUCAAAUCCUUAAUGUUCAGAAUGUGAAAUGACCUUUUCCUGCAGCCAGGGGGGGCUGUGAUCAGUCCUACACACUGCGUUCUCCCUGUGUUUGCUUUUUUUCUAUCCAUCUAGCAGUGAAAUGGCUUAAUCUACACAAUUUAACAAGGCUAUUGCUUGUACGGCAGAUCCAGCCAUUUUGUGGGUGGAAGCAGUGUUCACGAGAAUGGAUUGAACAAUGUUGCAGAGCCCCCAAUUCAUUGAGCUGCGUUCUCCUGAAUUCCUCAGCUCACACAAUCGCUGCCUCUAUAGUGUAUAGGCAAUGGGUACUUCUAAGAACUAAAGUCAUGCUAUAGAGCGGGCAAUGCUAACUUUUAUUUCAGAGUCUAAUGUGAUAUUCAAUUUCCUGCACUUAAACAAAAAAAGAAAACAUUGAAAAAAAUAGUUAAAAUGAAAAAAAGUAUAUUAUAGAAACGGACUGGAUGUACGUUGGACCAUGGCACUUGUACAAGGUUCUAUUUUUUCACUGCAGUUAAAUAUUAAUAAAAUGGUGUCAAACAUC